UCUCUCUCUUUCACCAAAAUCCUGUAAUGGCCUAACUCGAUUACUCGACUUUAACUUCAAGCCAUUUCAUCCAUCCUCCUCUUAACAAACACUCCUCUCUUCCUUCUCACAUUUUCACUCAAGCCCCCAACUCCUCCACCUCGCCGGAAACAAUGUCUGAUUCCGGCGACGAGAUUCCAUCUCCGGACACCUCCCUCUCCCACAAGCUGACCUCCAAAACCGAGCUCCUCAACCUCAAGCUCUACGUCGUGAUCGCAAUCCUCCUCGCCGGCGUCUUUGCCGUGUUUCUCCUCGUCUGCCUCUGCGUCCGCGCCCAUCGGGUUUCGCGUCGCCGGAAGAGCCGCAUCCGCGUGAAGCACAGCUCCGGCUCAAUCCCGCUCGUCUCCAAAGAGAUCGCCGAGAUCAAGGAACCUCGUCCGGAUCCUUCUCCUCCCCCUGCCGCCGCCGCCGCCGCCGAGGGCAAAAUCGGAAACCAAAAGUUGAAGGAAGCACGACCGACUGAACCGACCGUUGAUGUGGAAAAUGGGAAAAGGAGGAGCGGGGAGAGUGACGUGUUCGGGUGGGGCCGGUGGUAUAGCCUCAGGGAGCUGGAGACCGCGACACGUGGAUUCUCGCCAGAGAAUGUGAUUGGAGAAGGAGGGUACGGCGUCGUUUACCGGGGAUCUUUGCAGGACGGCUCUGUUGUCGCCGUCAAGAACCUUCUUAACAACAAGGGUCAAGCUCAGACAGAGUUUAAGGUGGAAGUGGAAGCCAUAGGAAAAGUAAAGCAUAAGAACUUGGUUGGUCUAAUUGGUUAUUGUGCAGAAGGUGCUCAAAGGAUGCUUGUAUAUGAAUAUAUUGACAAUGGGAAUUUGGAGCAGUGGUUGCAUGGUGAUGUUGGGCCUGUCAGCCCUCUGACUUGGGAUAUCAGAAUGAAGAUAGCCAUUGGAACUGCAAAAGGGCUGGCCUAUUUACAUGAAGGGUUAGAACCCAAAGUGGUUCACCGUGAUAUAAAAUCCAGUAACAUUCUUCUGGACAGAAAGUGGAACCCAAGAGUAUCAGAUUUUGGCUUGGCCAAACUCUUGGGACCUGAGUCAAGCUAUGUGACUACACGUGUAAUGGGAACAUUCGGAUAUGUUUCUCCAGAGUAUGCAAGUACAGGUAUGCUUAAUGAGGGGAGUGAUGUAUAUAGUUUUGGAGUUCUACUUAUGGAGAUAAUUACAGGAAGAAGCCCAAUUGACUAUUCCAGACCAGCUGGAGAGAUGAACCUGGUUGAUUGGUUUAAAGGAAUGAUUUCAAGUCGCCGUGGGGAGGAGAUUUUAGAUCCAUUGAUAGAAGUUCAGCCCCCUCCAAGAUCUUUGAAGCGAGCAUUGUUGGUUUGUCUCCGCUGUAUAGAUUUAGAUGUCCAUAAGCGGCCAAAAAUGGGGCAAAUUGUUCAUAUGCUUGAGGCAGAAGACUUUCCUUUUCGUUCGGAAACCCGAUCAGCUCGAUAGACAGAAAGAUCGUCUCCCUUCCCGUGCAGUUGAAUCCAAUAAUCCAAUAUCCGUCCGACUAUUGCUGGGGUAGUGAAGCAGAGAAUCGAGGUGGAGAUCAUUCUUUUUUGGCUGAUGAGUGGUAUAGUUUCUGAUGGCGUUCACUCUAUUUCAUGACCUUCCAUUAGUAGUAUAUAUAGAAGUUACACGCCGUGAAUGUGCAUAUAUUAUUUUUAAUCUGUUCUUAUAUUUUUGGUGUACUACAUCAUACUUAGAGAUGAGAUUGUAAAUACGAACUUGUAAGUUUUUAUAUGCGACGGUGAACUAUGUUAAAGACAAUUUCUGCAUUAGUUUCACGAGAUUAUUAGAAGAUUUUAAACAUAUUAGUCCUUUUU